GAACAAUUCAGUCAUUUUAAUUUCAGAGGACAAAUUAUUCGUCAGUGCAAAUUAAAUCCCAAUUAGAAGGUACAAAUGACUAACUAUUGGUACUAAUCCAUGCGCACAAAUGAUCGAGAAUGGGAUUGAUAAUUUGUGUAAUUUCAAAAUAAGAGGUUUACUGACAAUUGCUUUAUUUUGAAAUCGUGUCCGGAAGAAUUGUCGCGUUGAUGCCGACCUCUGACGCCGGUGCCACAGAAACACGUUGACACCUGGAAGGAGCGGAGUUGUGUUCACAGUAUGGCGACUUUAGCGUCUAUGGACGCGGUCAGAAGGAAAAUUCAGACGCUGCAGCAAGCGGCGUUCGAAGCGGAAGACCGAGCCGAGCUGCUGCAGGAGGACGCGGACAUGGAGAGGCACGGCAGAGAGAGGGCUGAGGCAGAAGUGGCAUCUCUAAACAGGCGUAUCCAGCUGGUGGAGGAGGAGUUGGACCGAGCUCAGGAGAGACUGGCUACUGCUCUGCAGAAGCUGGAAGAGGCUGAGAAAGCUGCAGAUGAGAGCGAGAGAGGAAUGAAGGUCAUAGAGAACAGAGCAUCAAAAGACGAGGAGAAAAUGGAGAUCCAGGAGAUGCAGCUGAAGGAGGCCAAACACAUCGCUGAGGAGGCCGACCGCAAAUAUGAAGAGGUUGCUCGUAAACUGGUGAUCCUGGAGGGUGAUCUGGAACGCUCAGAGGAGCGUGCCGAGGUGGCCGAGGCGAGAGUGAGGGAGCUGGAGGAGGAGCUCAGACUAAUGGACCAGAAUUUGAAGUCCACGAUGUGCGGUGAGGAAGAGUACUCACAAAAGGAGGACAAAUAUGAGGAAGAAGUUAAAGUUCUUAGUGACAAACUGAAAGAGGCUGAGACUCGUGCAGAGUUUGCAGAGAGGUCUGUGGCCAAGCUGGAGAAAACCAUCGAUGACUUGGAAGAGAAACUGGCCCAAGCCAAAGAAGAGAACUUGGACAUGCACCAGACCUUGGACCAAACACUCCUGGAGCUCAACAAUCUAUAGAGACCUUUACAGAGCUAGGUGGAGGACAAGGUUUAAUCUCUCAGUGUAACAUCAACAAGUGUUAUAGGUAAAAACAAGUCAUGUGAGAAUUGGUUCAUAUGUAAAUCUAUGGUGCCCCUUAAGAGACAUGAGCAAGUGUCUAUUGCAAACUGAAAGCUACUUUGUGUACAUGCACUGUAAAGGUCAUCAGAAAUGAUCGUACAAUCAAUAAAACGUUCCUUCCAUUCACUCUUGGGCACAACCAUAGCAAUUGUUUCUGCUAGAAACGUUUCUCUUGUUUGACCAAACAUGAUGAAGGCAUUUCUCAUUGGGCAUAUUUGUGUAUGUAGCAGAGCUCUAUGAAUUACCAUCUUUUAAGAAUAAUGAUAACCAAUGCUUAAUUGGGGCGAAUCAGAAAACGCUCCUUUUAAUAUUUUUUGUUCUAGUUAUUUCUAACAGUUUCGGAAGGUACUGACAAAUGCUGAUUGGGGCAUCAGAUCAGAACACACAUAUGUAUUUAAGAAGGGAACGACCAAAAGCAUAUUUUGUCUUUUAAUUUAACCUUUUUAGUAAAAUGAACCACUGAUUGGCUACAUUAUUUGAAGUCAUUCUUGUCUGGUAUAUUAGGCAUGUCACAACAUUAGAUGAAUUAAUGUAAUUUAAAUUACAAAUAGAACAAACUAGUAGAAAUAUGAGAGUGGGACUGAUUUUCCAUAUUAUAAGAUGAUAGUGGUGGUUGGAGGUGUAAUACUGACAUCUAACCUAACUGAAAAAAGGUUUUAUAUGGUAAAAAAAAAAAAAAAAGAUAGAUUUCCUGAAAAGAUAGAUAUCAUAAUUCUAGGAUGUCUUUGAGAUGUUAUCACUUUUUACAGUGAUGUCAUGGCCUGACAUAAACAUUGUUCAUUACCUUACCACUUUGAUCGACAGACCAUCACAAACAAAUAAUUGGUUGAAGUAGUCAUAUCUGUCUGUGUUUUUCUUUUUACUUUGACAUGACGUAAAGUUUGAUUGUUUCUGAGUUGUUACCCAUGUACUGAUGCAAAAUCACCAGUGUAAACCCUUUGGAAUAAACAAAACA